AUGGGGGAUGCGGCACUGGACCAACUGAUCUUCAAAAAGACGGAGGGCAACAAACGUGGCAUCCCUGAGGCCAUUUUCAUUGAGAAUGUAGAAGAGAUGUGCAAGGAGAGGGAGCCCACCGAAGUGGUUGGACGGCUCCAAGAUCUACACAGUAAGUACCAGUACAUGCAGAGCUCCCUGACGGCCCAGCGUUCCUCCCUGAAGACCAAGCUGCCUGACAUCGUGUCGGCCUUGGAUGUGGUGCAGCACCUGGUGGAGAAGAAGGAAGAGGCAGCAGAAUCGACAUACACAUAUCAGCUGGCAGAGAAUAUUUGGUCCAAAGCAACAGCAGCUCCUAGCGAUACCGUGUGUUUGUGGCUAGGUGCCAAUUGCAUGUUGGAGUACAAGUUGGACGAAGCCAUAGAGCUCCUCCGCACCAAUGAGAGCAAUGCGCGGACCACACUGAAGAGCUUAGAGGAGGACAUGGCAUUCCUCAGAGAUCAGAUCACCACCACAGAGGUGAACAUUGCGAGAACUCAUAACUUUGGGGUGAAGCAGAGACAAGCCGCCAAGGCGGGAUGA